CCCCGCAACCUGAGGUCUUAUCCGCACGCCACUUGGGGUCUGAUAUUCAACUAUUCUGGUCUUAACGGCCGGUCUGCCGGUCGGGAAGGAACGAGGGUGUUACUUUCUCCACGUUCCGACCUUAACACACCGUCGACAUGGAACCAGCAACCAAUCAAGAAGGCGCCAGUGACCUCAAGCCCUUCACAGGGACCACCGCCGCGCCAGUGCACCUGAGACCCAGGACAGCAGUGAUGGAGGCAAUCGAAGACAUCGUCUACGGUUCCGUCGCCGGCAUCGUUGGCAAAUACAUCGAGUACCCCUUCGACACGGUCAAGGUGCGCCUGCAGGCGCAGCCCGACCACCUCCCGCUGCAGUACAAGGGCCCGCUGGACUGCUUCCGGCAGUCGAUCCGCGCGGACGGCUUCGUGGGCCUGUACCGGGGCAUCAGCGCGCCGCUGGUGGGCGCCGCGCUCGAGAACAGCAGCCUCUUCUUCUGGGAGCGCCUCGGCCGCGCCGCCAUCUACGCCUCGGGCUACUCCCCGCGCGACCAGGCCCUGCCGCUGUCCGCCCUGUGGGCCACCGGCGCCUUCUCCGGCGCCAUGACCUCCUUCGUCCUGACCCCCGUCGAGCUGGUCAAGUGCAAGAUCCAGGUACCCGCGUCGGCGGGCGACGCCGCCACAGGCAAGGCAACGGCGCCAGCGCCGGCGCCGGCGCCGCUCCGUCCGCUCCCCGUCAUCCGCGACAUCUGGCGGCACCAGGGGCUGCGCGGGUUCUGGCACGGCCAGCUGGGCACGCUGAUCCGCGAGUCGGGGGGGUGCGCGGCGUGGUUCGGGUCCAAGGAGACGGUGACCAAGCUGAUGCGGGAGUGGAACGAGCGGUCGGCGCGCUCCGACGCCGAGCGCGAGCGCGCCCGCGCCGCCGACGCCCUCCCCCUGUGGCAGCAGGCCGUGGCCGGCGCGUCCGCGGGCAUGUCGUAUAACUUUUUGUUUUUCCCUGCCGAUACCGUCAAGUCGCGCAUGCAGACCACGCCGAUCGGGGAGGGCGCCGCGCCGCAGAGGAGCUUCUCGGGGGAGGCCGCUGCGCUGUGGAAGCAGGCGGGUUUGAAGGGCUUCUAUCGCGGGUGUGGGAUUACCGUGCUGAGGUCGGUGCCGAGCUCGGCGUUUAUUUUUAUGGUUUAUGAUGGGUUGAAGAAGUACUUCCCUAUGCAGUGAGGGAGUGAGGCUGGGGGUCUUUGGGGGCGGUUUCCUAAAAAGAGGGGCGGCAUAGACGGGGGGGCAUUUAUUUCUCCAUUAGCAGGCGUUGCGGCACCGGGAUUUUGGAAAGGCGGCAGGUCUCAUGAUAUGGGUAG